AUGGAGGUGUUCGAUCUGGCGGCCUUUCGCACUAGGAUGAAUGAUGUGGAGAGGGAUGUCAGGGUAAUGGCAUUGUUUGACCUCCAACAGGCGUUGAAGUCGACCGUUUUUAAACCCGACAGCGUAACGUUAAGUAAAAUAGUAGAGUAUGUUACGACGUGCUUUGCACAGAGCGAACCUUGUAGGGAAGUUCGAUGCAAUGCAAUAAGACUUGUCCCACAGCUACUCCUUUUGUCCGGUGAGAAGGACCAGGAACGUUUAGUAUCGCUCCUCUGCACAAGUUCCACUUCACAAAGGGCGCGUUUCGGCGAGAAAGGGUAUUCGGAGCUGCACGACAGCGCCGCUCGUGCCCUCAAACUGGCUUGCGAGUGCAUGUCUUCAAAGGCCCGAGCAGACGUCGAGAGUUGGCAGCGUCUGGUGCCUGUUGCACGGAAGAUCGCCGACGCACUGUCAUCUGCGUUGGAGAAGGGAGUGGAGGGAGUUGUUAGGGAGGGGAUAUACGACUGCAUUGGGGUCCUCAUAUAUCCGUUUGGUAGGGUAUUCAUAUGUGAUGUUGGUUGUGUUUUGACCAAAAACGCUUUGGCCGAUGUCCAUCACACGGGCCAGUUGCGUAGACGUGCUAUUAGUUUCCUAUCGUUAGCAUCUCCGUUUCUUUCGGAGGAUCUGUUCGAUGCCGUUUUUGAAGUUGGAGUCCGCGGGUUACGGGAGGGAAAUCACCGUGGUGCGGUCGUCAUGCCUUAUUUACAGUUGUACGAAGGUUUGGUUAAGGGUUGCCCAUCACGUGCGAAGACGGGUGCACUCGAAACUAUGAAAUUCCUCACCGACGGACUCAGUGCACGUUUAAGUCACGAAAGCGCGGAUGCGGAUGCAUUCGAUGACGAUGAUUACGAAGUGUGUGACGCUACAGUGCGGCUGAUGCACUUGAUGGUUUGUCAGUAUUCCAAGGAACUGGCUACCAUCCAUUGUGCUCUUUUUGUCCAAGCACUAGAGAUUGCCAGGUUUGAUCCCAAUUACUGCGACAACAUGGGGGGCCUUGAUGGUUGCGAUUCGUCGGAUGCAUCCGGGUUGUAUUUCACGGAGGACGAUACGGACAUGUCGUGGAGACUGCGGAUGUGGGCAGCUCGAUUACUUGCGUUAUUGAUUGAACUGUCUCCCUUUUCCACGGAAUUAACACAUCAGCUAGGUUGUGAGGUCUUAUCCUUAAUUGGGGACCGUGUGGAGGAGGUUCAACUUGCCGCUAUUCAUUUCGUUGACACCGUCAUCCAGAGUUCGAGGGGUGCAUCUGUUUGUACAUCGCUGUUGCUGUUUCUGCAGGGUGCAAUCGACCCUUUGUUAGGUGCUCUGAACACCCGAGAGCCGAAGGUAGUUGUUGCGGCUGCCAAAGCGCUCCAGAACCUUUUCUAUUUCCACUGGAGCGUUUUCACGACGGAGGUGUGCCGCGCACAUGACAUUGUGGAUAAGUUGUUAAAGGCCCACCUGACUGGUAAGGAAUAUGCGGUCGUUGAGCUUACCGCGCUCGCUGUGCGCAUGUUGGAGGGUACCUCUCAUGGCCAACCAAAUAUUAAGUUGGUUACCAAGCUCCUGGAUACAGUUUACGCGGCGGUAGAUGCGUAUGUGUGCGGUGGGAUUGGUCAAAUUGUUGUUUGCUCGGUGAAGGCCAUGGCGCAUACCUCCGGACUUGCGGGCGCUGCUUACUGUGAAAGGUGCAUGGAGCUUUACAUAUCACUCGCGCUGAACGCCAAUUUCGGUGGUGAACUGAUUUCCUCCGCUGUUGAGGCAACCAGGCACUGUAUGUCUACGUUUGCGGCAUCACUGUCUGUGGACUACUUUCGGCGUUGCGGAGGGCGUUUAGUGGUGCUAUCGGAGGGAAGGCAAGUUGCCAUUCGUUUGCUGAAGGAUUUGACGGCUUCCGUGCCGGCGGCUCAGCUCCAACCCCAGGAGCUGGAACGACUGAGUAAUAGUAUCGGAAGGCAAGACCGUGCGGUGCAGCAACACAUUGUGUCCAUUGUGUGCAACGCUCUUGAUAACAGCGGCCAACUUACCGCGGAAACGUUGGAGGAUAUGUUCGAGUUUGCGCGGUCAAACUCUCUAAAAAGUGGUGAUCGUUUGUUGGUUCAAGCAACGCUCGAGAUGUUGGAGAAGAUUUGUAGGAGGUUCUCCAAUUUAGGUGGACGAAUAGUGGACCAACUGCUUCCAACCGUUUGGGAGAUAUUAUCGUCCGCACCAAAAUGCGCUGGUCAUCACCCCUUGCUGCUUGUGAGAGGCACCGCGGUGCUGAUCCGCUCGCUGCACCAGAUGCUGGAGCCCGCGCAGCGUUCUGACUUGGUUGAACAAACACUUCGGUACGUUUCCCGGUCGAAGUUUCGUGAAACGAGUAGUGAGAUACUAAGAGGUGUAGCAUCGGUAGACGAAGGCAUACUCGAGAGGGUUGGUUCACUCAUGUCUGGGGACGAUUCGCUUCUCUGCAUUUGUGUGGGUACCAUAGGAAUGUCCGUACCGCUGCCCGAUAUGUGGGAGGCACGGCUUUUUAGAUUUCUUUCGUCCACCGGUGCCGAGAACUUAGGUUCUGUUGUGCCUCUGGCUGUGGGUCGUGCUGUCUCGAAUGCACAAAAUCGUUCUCUCAUGGAGCGGGUUGUAGAAUCAGCAACGAGAAACACAGGCGGUGCAGCUUUAUUUUGGAGGGCGAUCCAUGAGGCUGCACUCACCACGGUAGCUGGGGCAGAAUUAUCUCCCUUUAGUGAUCCGUUCUUCUGCAAGGGCGUCGUAGAAAAGCUUAUGGAAAAUCUGCUCGAGGAUGAUACGGAGACUGCUGCCACCGUUUUGGGAAGUUUUGCUCCGUUUGUCCGUGAUUAUCUGAUUGACAUAACGGCAACUCAUUUGAGCGAUGAGUUGGACUCCAAGAAGGCUGUGUGCAUAACUGUGCAGCGUUAUUUGCUCUCGAGUGUCAAAAAUACCGAUGAAUGCCCCAGGUUGGUGAGCGCUAUUGAGAGGGCUUUGCGUUGUCUCAGUCGCAAGGCAGAUUUAAGGGUUCGAUUUGCCGCACUUCAACUUUUCGCCACGCUCCUCUCGGUGAAACCACAUCUUCUUAUUGGUUCGUAUGUUCGAGAUGUGGUGUACCCAUGCGUCCUUGAAGAGUUGUUAGAGGACCCCACUCUCGUGCUCGCCAUCAACCUUGGAAGUUGUACUCACAGGGAGGACAGGGGAAAAGAGAUGCGGAAGUUGGCGUUUGAGUGCGUUUCAAUGCUGCUCCGUGAUGCGGAAGACCGGGGAAAGGAAAGUAUCCUGGAAUACUGUGGCCGCUAUGAGGAACUUGGCCGAUGUCUUGUUCAUGCUUGCGGACCGAGAGGAGGGGGAGAGACAGACGGAGACAUAAACACUAAGGCAAUGGACCUCAUUGUGCGGUUUCUACGACUUUGCCCGUCAUCACCCUGCGACGGUUCUCAGGUGAUGGUUUUGUACGAAAAGCUCAAGAUGGCGCUAGGGGUGGACAUUGAGCGCACUGCUCAAGACGCCUCCAAGAAGCAACUCUUGAAGAGGCAAGCACUCAACUGCAUCAUGUGUCUUAGUGAGUGGCCACCUUUCUCAUGUCACCCACAGUGGCAGUCGCUCGUUUUACUCGCUCAACAAAAUCCGCUGUUGCCAGAAGCAAUCAAAGUGACGUGA